AAUGGAACAUUCGAGUUUUUACUUUGCUAGCUUGCUGUUGUGUUUUGUUCAAAAAAAUAAUUUCUAAUAAAAAAAAAUAUGAUUAGCGGUGAUAAUUUUGGUAUUUAUCGUGGUUCGUCACGUCAGGCAGCAGAUGAUCGUAAUAAUGGUCAAAUAUUGAGUGAUUUCUUAAUGCAAUUGGAGGACUAUGUGCCAACAAUACCCGAUGCCGUCACAUCCCAUUAUCUCAAUUCGGCUGGUUUCGAGUCAGUAGAUCCACGUAUAGUUCGUCUAAUAUCAGUCGCAGCACAAAAAUUUAUUUCGGAUGUUGCAAAUGAUUCAUUACAAAAUUGUAAAGUCAGGACCAAUAAUCAACAACCACAAGGUCAUGGACUUCCAAAGGGACAAAAGCCAAUGAAAGAUCGAAAAUAUACAAUGAAUAUGGAAGAUUUGGUUCCAGCUUUGUCAGACUAUGGAAUAACUGUACGAAAACCACACUAUUUUGUUUGAUUCAAUUACGCCUACCUACUUAGCUAUAUCUUAUUUUUUUUCUUUUCUAAUACAUUUAUUUAAGUUUUGGAAGUAUAAAAUAAACUGAGAUAAAAAUAA